ACAGGCGGACCCGCCAGCUCGGAUGGCGGCGGCGGCGACCUCUCCACCGCCCGGGGCUGCCCUGCCUCCUUUCCAAUUCCGCUCGCGGCUCGAAGGCCCGGAUUGGCGCCGCCUGAGCGCCGUGGAAGUGGACCGCGUGGCGGCCGAAGUGAACGUUGCGGUGCUACAGGAGCACCUGGAGCACGUCACCUUCUGCAACGCCGGCCGCGAACGCUGUCCUCACUGCCAGGGCCCCGCCGACCCGCUGCUGCUGAAGCUCCUGCGCCUGGCCCAGCUCUGCCUCGAGUACCUGCUCCACUCCCAGGAUUACCUCAGCGCCCAACUCCGCGCAGGGCAGGAGUUGCUCCGCGCCGCCGACGCUCACCGCGACCUGCUGGCCAAGGAUGUGGCCCGCGGGGCCCAGCAGAUCCGGCUGCUCAAGGAGGAGUGCAAGCGCCGCAAGAAGAUGAUCGCCACCCAGCAGAUGAUGCUCCAGGCCGGGGCCACCUAUCACCAGUGUCAGUUUUGUGACAAAGCCUUUAUGAACGCUUCUUUCCUGCACAGUCAUUUGCAGCGUCGCCAUUCAGAAGAACCAGUCACUGCAGAUCGGAAGAAAAAAUCACAUACUUAUAAACUGCAGGAGGAGAUCAACGAACUGAAAGAGCAGUUACAACUUACCAGGUCUCAAUUAGAAGCUGAACAACAUGCCCAUGUAGUCAAACUGUCUAAGGAAUAUGAAGAUCGCCGAUCCAAAGAGGAGGAGAUUCGGCACUUAUUUCACAAAUGGAAAGACGAAGAAAAGGAGAAAUUGGCCCGUGAACUUGAGAAGGUGAAAGAGAUGUUUAUGAAGGAAUUUAAAGAAUUAACUGCAAAAAAUUCAGAAUUAGAAAAUCAUUUGCUAGAGGUACAAAAGUCCAACCAACAUCUGAAAUCCAAUUUAGGCACUUUAAAAGAUACCGUUGAAUUAACAGAUGAGAAACAUCGGAUUGCUGUGGAUCAUCAGAAUGUAAUGCAGCUUCUUGAAAAACAGGAAGCUAAGUGGUCUUCUAAGGUACAAACGCUUCAAGAAGAACAUGAAAAUGAAAAGCACCAGCUCACAUCUCAAAUUGAGAAGCUUAAAGCAUCAGUGGCUGAGGAACUGAAUAUGAGCAACAUUUUCUAUCAGAAGAGACUAGAAGAACUAGGACAAAAGCUGCAAGAACAAAAUGAUCUUAUUAUUAUCCAGAAAAAUCAGAUAGAAAAACUGGCUUCAAAAAAACCAGUAGAAAACUUAAAGUUAUCUGAAGUGAAAACUUCAGCACAAAAUGUUCAACCCAAAUCAAGCCCAUCAUCCAUGCAUGAUUUUGGAAUUGAAGCAGAAAAUCAAUCCGUUCUCCCAGCUGUAAGACUGUUAUCAAAAGAGCGUCCAGAAUCUGCUGUCCAAGAACAGGCCCUUUUGGUACACAUGCUGGAGCCCAUAGAGGAGCUUCCAGAGAAUGAAAAAGAAAUAGAAAAGCAAGUGCCCCAAAAAGGAAAGAAUACAUCUCACGUGAUAAAGACCUUGAAGAGUGAUCCUUCAUUAACUAAAGAGCUGAGAACUGUUUUGGAGCAGACCCUAGCAGAAAAGUUGGAAUCCUUGGGAAUUAAAUCCGGAGUACAUGGCAUCCCAAGUGAUCAUCUGAACAGAGUCUUAAUAUCUGUUGAGACUGCUAGAGAAGAGAGAAAGAAACAAGUGCCUGACAUUCAGCACAUUCGAGAGCAACUUGAACGACAAGUCAGUUUCAGAGUUGCUGAAAAAUCAUCUUGCAGCAGAUUUCUUUCCAACCCUCAUCUUUCUUCAGAAGCUAAACACAGGACAACUCGCUUAGGAACUUCAUUACCAACCGUUUUUCCCAGGCCAGUAAAACGUUCUUCCUUUGCCAAACAUUCACCCGUGCAAAGAACUUUGCCUGCUGAAAACACUUCGACCCCAAAAACCAAGAAGAAUAUGUUGAAGGAUGACGUUUCUAGAAAGCCACCUAGUACGGUAACUUCUCCAUUUAGCUCAGAAGAGGAAGUGGAGGAAAAUGACAUCAGGCACUCCUACAUCUCACCUGAAUUAGCUCUGCAUAAGGCAUCCAAGGACCACAGCAAAGACAAUUUGCCAAGAUUUGCAUAUCGGAGUGAUGUAAACAUCCCUGAAGAUGAAGUAGAUCUUAAGCCAUCCAGAAGCUCUUUACUUCAAAAUGAGAUGGAUGAAAUGGAGAAGUUUCUUUUGAGCCAAAGAAAGGAAAGCAAAGAAAUUGGAGGAAUGAAUGGUGGUUCAUCAUCUAUUCAUGCAUGUGCCCAGGAAGUAAAGUUUACAGAUAUUGAAGAUGAGGAUGACUGGGAUUUAUCAUCUCUGGAAGAUGAAAAACCUUUGAAAAAUGAGAAAAAUAAGAAUGUACGUGCUGUUGAAAAGAAUGAUCCAGGUGCUGCGUCAACGACCCAUGAAGGGGGAAAACCAAUAAAGGAUGAAGGACGUCAAGAUGCAGCUAUCUCAAGCUCACUGAAAAGCAGCUUGGUCACUGUUACAGAUUGGAGUGACUCUUCGGAUAUUUGAUUGUGCAAGGAGGUUUAAUCUGAUUUCUGUCCUUUUUUCUUACGGUGCACUAACAAGGAACUUUUCUUUACAAAAUUGUGUCCAAAGUUUUACCUUUUAUCAAACGCGAGCUUUUAAUUACUUCCAGCUAGUUCUCCUGGAAGAAGUGGCUAAAAGUGUUUUAUCAAUUAAUACUGCUUUAAUACUUUUUUAAAAAAAUCAACACAUAUUUAAAUCAUACAAAGACUUUAUAUAAACUUAAUUCUACUUUCUUGCUUUUCCAACAUCUAGGACGACAAAAAAGUUGGAAGCAGUUGGAUUUGUUUUGAUUCCUGGCACUUCCAUGCAGCUCCUAUCCUGGACUCUCUUGCUCUCUGCAUCACUGCCAACUUUCAUCCUUGUUGCUUUCUGGGUUGGAGGAUGAGGAGGAAGAAGAGUCACUCAGGAAGGGAAUUCCCAGGAGGCAAGAUAAAACAGGCAUUCCACCAGUGAGACCCAUUAUCAAUCAGAAUAGAGCUGGAUGUCAGCCUCUGCUUCGCUUGCUUGCUAUCGGCUGCCAUAGAAAUGGGGGGGU